AGCGCACCGAACAGCAGAAAAAGCAGAGCAACGAUGGCCCUGGUGCGGAAGAAACUCGAUGACAAAAUACUGAAAACGUUGCGAGAGCUGGUAGGCGUUGGCGGUAACAAAGAAUGCUUCGAUUGUGGCCAGAAAGGGCCUACUUACAUCAACAUGACUAUCGGUUCAUUCGUCUGCACCAGCUGCUCCGGCAUACUAAGGGGAAUUACACCGCCACAUCGCGUAAAAUCGAUUUCAAUGGCUACCUUCACCCAGGAGGAAAUCGAAUUUUUGAAGCAGAACGGUAACGAUAACUGCAGUCGAACUUGGUUGGGCCUUUGGGAUCCGAAGCGUGCAAUCAAGCAGGAGCAUCGAGACUUUAUGAUAGACAAAUACGAAAGGAAAAGAUAUUACCUGGAACCUGCUAGUCCACUGAAAUCGCUUCCCACGAACGCAUCCAGCUCUUUGACAUCACUGUCGGGAGGCAACAGUAAGAAUGCCAAUGAAAGUUUAGUUCCUCUCAAAACGCCAACGCUAACACCUCCGGCAACGCUACGGUUGAAUCGUAACAACUCCGGCUCGUGUAAUGGACUGAACAACGUGAACUCAUCGUCGUCAUCAUUGCCUGGUGCAAUGGGUGCUGUUGGUGCACAAUUUCAGCAGCAAUUUACGCCCGACGAUUCCGGCUUUUUCGCUUCUGAUCCGCCCAAAAUUUUGCCACCAACACCGCAAAAGAACCACAUGCUGCAGCGAAAGAAUGGCAUCAAGAUCAAACAGCCGGCCAAUGGAUUGCCGCCGACGUACGGACGUAACCAGAAGAAUGGUUUGCUCAACAGCAGCACAGCGGGCGGUCUGUCGGGUAGUAGUGGUGACAUUAAUGCCAACAAGUUUACACCAGAUGCGGACUUUGUAGCUGACUUUGGUAGCGCAACUAUUGUAAACAACGUCAGCAACGGGGGUAGUCAUUAUGGAAGUACCAGCAGUUUGAAGAAUGGCCUCAAUAACAGCGACAAUGGAGCGGGAUUGUACGCACUAAAUAACGGGAACAGCGAAAAGUCAUCGACCAGGGGGAUGGAAAACUUUGCCGACUUCGACCACAAUCCCAUCUUUAACUCUGCAGAAAACAUGAAGUCCUACUUCAGCAGCAAUAGUAUUGACAGCAGCACUACGACCAGCGUCAGUAGCACGGCCAGCGUGCAGAGCCUGACCGGUCCCGAUCCGUUCGCAAACUUUUACUCGAAUACUAUCGGUGGUAAUAAUAAUUGUGGCAGCAAUUCCACGGGAUCUACGGCCGGCACACCGACCGCCUCGUCAGGUUCAGCAUCCACUGGACCGUCCGUUCGCGGUGUUGGCUACACAUGUAUUUCACCAGAAGAAACCACGCAUGCAAAAGUCCACACGAACUAUGGAUUUGGUAACACUUUCACCACCGGUGAGACGUGUUAUGCGACCAACGAGUGUAUCAUCAACGGUGGCUCCGGUGCUGGAUCCGGUUACGCUAAUCAAAAUUACACCCUACCUUGGGGAAAUAGUAACGGUACGCAAACCGAUUUCAACUCAACGAGGUAUACUGGAAGCACAAAUCAAUUGAACAACAAUGUCAGCACCGAAAGUACGCACCAUGAUACCGUACAGUGGAAUUUUUGGCAACAGUUUGGCACCAACUGUUGCUGGUCGGCGGAUGAUCGUGUUCAGCAGCAACUGUUCCGCAAUAGUGGCGCUCAACAGAUGAUGAGCCCUCAGCAUCAUUCGGCAGUCAACCAAGUGAAAUGUUACUCAGAUCAAAACCGGUGGAGUCUUCCAAUGCCGCUUGGAGCGAACGGUUCCGAGAGCAAAUUGAGCAACGGCAAGAUCAGUAGCACGUCCAUCCAUUCGACCCCGUCCGUUGACCGAUACGCUGCACUGAAGGAUCUGGAUGACCAGUUCCGGGAGAUAAAAUUAGAGCAGCAAGCAGAAGCAAAUAACAACACAAUAACGUCCAACGGACUAGGAAAUACGGCCAGCAUAAACGAUUCUAUUACACCAACUUCCUCGGCAAACCCGUUCAAAACGGCUAAUCCGUUUCAGUCGCAACAACAACAUGCACAACAACAAACGAUGGCUUGGCCAAUCAGUGGCAUUAACGGUACGUCAUCGGAUGCACGACAUCAGACGGCAUCAACGAAUGGGACUGGUUUCUAUGGUACGUCACCGUACCAAGGCGGGUUUGCUCAUGGCGCAAGCUCACAGCUCUACAACGGCAAUGUUGUUAAUGGAACAGCGAUCACAGGCAUGAGUUAUCUUCCUCCGGCGGGCUACCAUCCAAAUGGUAAUGGAUAUUCCGGAAUGUCAGGAGUUAAUGGUGUUAUGAUGGGCGGACAGUUUAAUGCGACAUCGAACGGUUCGAUGUUGGGUAACGUUCCCGGUGUCACCAAUCCGGUACAUCAUUUUGCAAACUUUGGGAAUCCGUUCAUGGCUGCUGGUACUACAGCGGGAAACUCUAAUAACCCUUUCUUAUGA